AUGACACACACUCGGAGGAAGUCCCUGUCCUUGCUGAGUUCUGGCUCUGCGGACCAGCAGGAGCCCCUGCAGAUGGAAGGCAGCAGCACGGAGCAGGGGGCCGAGGGCGUGGAGCCCAGCCGGCCGGCGAGCCCCGCGCACCUCACAGGGCGCCGCAAGAACUACCCACUGCGGAAGCGGCCCCCGGUCCCCGAGAAGCCCAAGGCCUGCAAAGUGCUGCUGACCCGCCUGGAAAGCGUGUGCGGCCCCCGCAGCGCCGACGAGGCCGACGAGCUGCCCCCCGACCUGCCCAGGCCCCCCAGCCCCGCCCCGUCCAGCGAGGACACCGGCCUGGUGCAGCCCCGCAAGCGGCGCCUGGCCUCCCUCAACGCGGAGGCCCUCAACAACCUGCUGCUGGAGCGGGACGACGGCAGCCUGGCGGGCACGCGCCGCGCCGGCCGCGGAGACUCCCACCGCGCCCGCGACCGCGCCCCCGGCGGCUGGGCCGCCUCCAAGAAACGACCUCGGCUGGGAGAGGCAAGUCGGGACCUGUCCCCCGAGCCAGCCUCGGAGGAGGGCACCCGCCGAGAGGGAGACCCCGCGCCCAAGAGGCUGGCCAGCCUGAACGCAGCCGCCUUCCUGAAGCUGAGCCGCGAGCGGGAGCUGCCCCUCCGGCCCCCUCGGGCCCCCGCGGAGGCAGAGGGGCGAUCCACCGAGCCUCCGGCGCCCAAGGUCCUGCGGCCCAAGUGGGCCAAGGUCAACGGCAAGAACUAUCCCAAGGCCCGGCAGGGGGCCGACCCCGGAGAGGCCACCGGCCCGCCCGGCUGGCAGGAGCAUCCAGACGAGCCCCGGCCAUCUGCGACUCCCUGCGGGCCCCUGAGCAAGGCCCUGGAGAGCCCCGGGGGGCAGCGUCCCCACCUGCCUCUGCUCAUGGGUGGGCAGGCAGCCCUGAAGCCGGAGCCUGGGCGUCCGGGCGAGGAAUCGCCGGCCCCCAAGCAGGAACUGCACCAGCCCUCCUUCCCUGUACCUCAGCUGUCCCCCCUGCCCAUGCCCGGCAACCCCGCCGACUACAGCGGCCUGUGCGCCGGGCCUGAGCUCACGGCGCUGGGCAGCUUCUACCUGUACUGUGGCCAAGACGGGCUGCAGUGUGGGGGCUACUCCCCCUGCCCCAUGCUCCCCGAGGGGAAGCUGUCCCCGGUGGCCGCCCCCACCGAGGGGCUCCUGCUGGCCCCAAGCUCAGUGCCUUCAGGCACCCCUUUCCAGCACCCCCCCUGGAGCUCGUCUCGCUACUGCCCCAGCGAGAAGACGGGCGCGAGCGGCUACAGCAUCUGCGGCGUGCUGCCCCUGCCUCUCACCCGCAUCGGCACGGCCUGUGGCGGCUCACCCUACAGAAUGCCUUUCGCAGCAGAGGGCUGCAGGUCCCUGGGCCAGCUGGAAUUCCCUCUCCCGGAAGCUGGCCACCCAGCCUCACCGGCCCACCCCCUCCUGGGAUGCCCUGUCCCCAGCGUGCCCCCUGCGGCCGAGCCUGUUCCCCACAUCCAGACACCUACCUCGGAGCCCCAGACGGUAGCCCGCGCCUGCCCUCAGAGUGCCAAGCCUCCCAGCGGUUCCAAGUCGGGCCUGCGCACGGGCGCCGGCUGCAGACACACGGCCCGCAGCAAGGCCGCCCGCAGGCCCAGUCACCCCAAGCAGCCGCGGGCCCAGCGCCCGCGCCCCCGCCGCCGCCGCCGCCGCCGCACCAACGGCUGGGUGCCCGUGGGAGCCGCCUGCGAGAAGGCCGUCUACGUGCUGGAUGAGCCGGAACCAGCCAUCCGGAAGAGCUACCAGGCAGUCGAGCGGCAUGGGGAGACCAUCCGCGUCCGGGACACCGUCCUCCUCAAGUCAGGCCCAAGAAAGACAUCCACACCUUAUGUGGCCAAGAUCUCUGCCCUCUGGGAGAACCCCGAUUCAGGGGAGCUGAUGAUGAGCCUCCUGUGGUAUUACCGGCCUGAGCACUUACAGGGGGGCCGCAGCCCCAGCAUGCACGAGCCUUUGCAGAAUGAAGUGUUUGCGUCACGCCAUCAGGAUCAGAAUAGCGUGGCCUGCAUCGAGGAGAAGUGCUACGUGCUCACCUUUGCCGAGUACUGCAGAUUCUGUGCCAUGGCCAAGCGCCGGGGCGAGGGCCUUCCCAGCCGGAAGACGGCGCUGGUGCCCCCAUCCUCGGACUACUCGACUCCGCCACACCGCACCGUGCCCGAGGACACAGACCCAGAGCUGGUGUUCCUCUGCCGCCAUGUCUAUGACUUCCGCCAUGGCCGCAUCCUCAAGAACCCUCAGUAGCGUCCUCAUGCCCACACGGGGGGGGGGGGGGCUGCCCUCGGGCAAGUGGGGCUGGGGGUACUGCUUGAAGCACAGCACUUGGUUUAAGGGGCCACGGGGUCCUGAGGUUGCCGGCCUGUGGUUUUCCUGGGAGGGGGUGGGAGGGCAGGGCCCCCCGUGGGUUCUGGGUCUUGAGGGGAGGAGGGAGAGGCCAGGUACAAAAUCAGCGCCCUCAGCUUGGCCCAGGGUGCCUCUCUGCCGUGCCCUGGGUGGAGACUCCUGAAGACUCAGCCUUCCCUGAGGCUGGGCCAAGGCUGAGCGACAUGCACCAAGGAAGGGUAGGGGCGAGGGGGAAGGGGAAGGCCCUUCCAGAACCAGACAGACCCUUCUGCGGCCUCCCCGCCCCACCCCCCACCCCGGCCCUCCCAGGGGAGCGGAGCCAGCUUUACCUCACCCACUGUGACCCUCUGCUUCCUGUCAGCCUGGAUCAGGCGCUCCCCAUCCUAGCGCAGCUCUGGGCUUGUUCUUCGCAGCGUGGAGAGCCACAGUCCAGCUUCCAGAGCGUCGACUUCCUCUUCCUGGACUCGGGGCCUUGCCCUCGCUUCGCUCCUUUGCCCCUGCGGUAGCCACUGGCGCUGGGUCCACGUGACCCGGCCCUGGAAGUCCCGGCCGGCCGGCUGUGGCAGCAAGCCUCCUGUCUGCCUCUCUGGAGGGACACGCAGCAGGUCUGGCUUCGCAGAAGGUUGCCUGGUGGACUUGGGAUUCGUCCUUGUGUCCGGGAGGGCUUGGGGGCAGGGGCAAGGAGAAUUGCUACCUGAUUCGUUGAAGAUUUUUCCUCUUGCCUUACACUUGGAGGUCCUGGGAAACCUCCUGCAGAACUUCACGCGGGACUCUCGAAGCCACACCCACCCGAAAUCAAAACCAAAGGAGUGCUGUGGCUCCCCUUGGCGGUUCCCCUUCCCCUAGUCUUUUGUAGAUUGCACUAAUUCCCAUCCCAGUGAGAAUCAACACUGUAUCAGUCCACAGACCUGCUGAGCUGCGGCCACUCGCUGGGAGCUGAGGACCUGCAUUUUCACUUUGUUCUUGCUGCCCAGAGGCCCCGUUAAUCUUGACUGGUUAGGACGCCCACCACCCUGUCGUCCUCCCCUGGCCUAGGUAGGCCCUGGCCCCGGCUCUCUCUCGAGAGGGGCUGGAGGCCUGAUUAUUUCCUGUUUGUACCAAAGAAGAGCAUGGUGAGGAGAGGAGUGGGGGCUGUGGCUUGGGCCGGGUGUCGGGAAACUGGUUACUCAUCCACCCCAAAACAGAAGCCAAGGAGAGUGGCACUGGCUCCUCGGGAGGGGGGACGCGGGCCCAGCGGGCUGGGAGGUGGCACUGGGUGAAGAUAGUCUGGCAGGGGCGCAGAGGGAGGUGGAAGAAUCCUGGGGGUGCCCCCAGUGGCCCUGGAGCCCUGCUCUGAUCCUUAGAAACGGGUUGUUCCAGAUUGGUCAUCGGGUUGGGGAGGCCAGAGGGCUUCCGCGCCUGGCGGGAAAGGCCUUGGGUCUCUGUACUGAAUAAGCUGUUCAGAGCAAGUGGGGGCCAGCUGGAAGAAGUGGGGGGCAGUAAGGGGUUGGUGUGGUGGCCAGGGGAGCCCUGGAGGGCCAGCCCUGGGGCUUUCCUGUUUCCGGGGUUUGCUGAGGCCUCCCUCCCCCUUAGAAGGGUUCCAGGACCCCCCCCCCAUGGGAGGCAGGGGCUGCUGCCCAGAAUUUAACGCUUUUAAAACUCUUAGAUGUGGAAAUAUUUUUUCGAACCUGAAAAUGCAGCUGGUAGAAUUUCGAUGGAAGCAUAAUCCACGUAAACUCUAUUUUAGUUGAUAUUUUGUAAAAUGCACUUUUUGUGUGUGUCGAUCCUGGUUUCCCAGAUCUGUAUUUCAGUGUUUACAAGGGAGGGCCACCUUUCCUCACUUCCCUUUUGACAGAGAUUAGAAGUACUUCUUUAAGAAAAAAGUAAAUUUGAGAAAUUGUAUUGAUCUAGA